AUGAUGUUUUGUAAUUCAGGUGCAAAUGUCUACUGCUUGAGGAGUCGUGCCCUUCAACAGUGUGUGCUAGACGGAAACGAGGAGCUGGCAUUGCAUUUGAUUACAAAAGGUUUUGACCCCAAACAAAUUGAAUUGCCUGCCGAAGAAGACUUAGGAGAAACCGUUUAUAAAAUCUACGAUUCCAUCAGUACGUACAUGGAUCGCUUACAGUCGACGGUUCGAAAAUGGACAGAGGAAGGCCUGCAAGAAAGCGGGCUGAUUGAAUGUUGCAGUGAUGCACAUCCAGUGUCCAAUGUCUUUGAAUAUCGAAUUGGUCAGCUUGAAAAGAAGGUAUCAAAUACUCAAAAAAAAAUUUAUAGUAUUUGGCGUUUUUUGGGUACAACUUUGCCCGGACAGUUGGUGUGGAUAUGUAAUUCUAGUGAUAUUACCGGGAUGCCCCCACAGGACAGGUGCAAUUUUAUCAGACGCACAGUUACACAGAUGAGCUAA